CCCGCCCGCCUGCGCCUCGCGGCACCGGAUCGGAGCCUCCCGCCCGGGCCCGUCCCCUCCUCUGCCCGCCCGCAGCUCCCGCCGCCUGGGCACCCGCGCCCCGCUCUGCGGCGCCCCGCAUCUCCCCCGGCCCGGGGCCCUUCGCGCGUUUCCUCUGCGGUGCUUUGCUCCGGGGGACUUUUCUGUUUGUCUGUCUCCUUCCUCUUCCCUCUUUGUUGCUCUGAAAACCGGCCUCGCCAGAGCCCCCGACUCCGCGGGGAGUUGGGCUCCUGGAGAAAGGCGGCCGCCGCGCCCCGCACCCGCCCCGCCCGCCCGCGGCCCCGCGCGACAGCCGGUGCGCCCUCCCCGCCGCCUGGCACGCCGCCUGCGUCCGUUCGCCCGGGAAGCCGGCCGAGACCUCAUUGAUGCACCCAUUCCAGUGGUGUAACGGGUGUUUCUGUGGCCUGGGACUGGUGAGUACCAACAAGUCCUGCUCGAUGCCACCCAUCAGUUUCCAGGACCUUCCCCUCAACAUCUACAUGGUCAUCUUUGGCACGGGCAUCUUCGUGUUCAUGCUCAGCCUCAUCUUCUGCUGCUAUUUUAUCAGCAAACUCCGGAACCAGGCACAGAGUGAGCGAUAUGGAUAUAAGGAGGUGGUGCUUAAAGGUGAUGCCAAGAAGUUGCAGUUAUAUGGGCAGACCUGUGCGGUCUGUCUGGAAGACUUCAAGGGGAAGGACGAGCUGGGCGUGCUCCCGUGCCAACACGCCUUCCACCGCAAGUGUCUGGUGAAGUGGCUGGAAGUGCGCUGUGUCUGCCCCAUGUGCAACAAGCCCAUCGCCGGCCCCUCCGAGGCCACCCAGAGCAUCGGGAUCCUGUUGGAUGAGCUGGUGUGAGCGCGGCCUCUGCACCGAGACCUGGAGAAGACCUCUUGCCGCGUGGGUGCCUGGUCCCUCUGCAGGCACGGCUCCCAGGAACAGAACUGUUGGGGGGUGACGGUUAGUUACCCCCCACAGAAGGGCAGGCUGGUGCAGGGCUGGGCUUCCGCCGUCAGACUUGCCCCACCUCCUGCCUCCUGACGCCUUCCUCCCUGCUCCUCAGUCCUGGUGGCAUCAACUCCGAGAGACCACACUGGAUCCUGGUACCAGACUGUCUACCUGCCUGGUCCCUGCUCUGGGGGGAGGAGUUCACCCCGGUCAAGAGCAUGCAGAAAACCCCUUUGAAGGUUCCCACCCCCACGCAGGGAGGUGGGAAGGAAAGAUCAAGGAACCAAGUGCCCCCCACCGGAGGUGAGGGAGGCUCUGUGUGGAACAGACCAGGAGCAGGGACAUCUCAAAGGAGAAAGUCAAUGUUUACAUGAGACCCACGGAAACAAAGGCCGCUGGCGGCCGGCUGGCUGCAGGGUAGCAAAGGGGCAGCCCCGUGCCCUGCCAGGACCCGAGGUGCUAGCCCAUCUCUCUCUUCCUCAAUCCCAGAGCUUCCUAUGCCAUGUG